CUGAUUGGCUGAAGCUCGGCUACUUGUCACAAGAAUAUACUCUCAGUUGCAGUUCAUUUACAUACUAAGUUAGGUUGCAGUUCCCUACAUAGCAACUCAGAGUAGGAAGGAAGCUUUACGCCAAAUUUAAUUUAAAUUAAGUUGGAGCAUGACCACAGUUGGUCAUGGCCAGAAGCUGAACACAGAUAUGGAAGCUAACACAAUAUCCAGUAGCGAGAGAUUGUGGUAGAGUACAUGGGGUGAAAUGGUUGAUUCCUGUGUUUUUGUUGGUGACACCAUCAUGAUUUAAUGAAGAACCAAAUGGGAGACAGGAAAGGACAACACAAGGAGCUGCCAGCUUUGGAAACCAGUUCAACUCUCAAUAUUACCUUUGCAAAAGUUAGAGCUUUGUGAAUUUCUAGAUUCAUCAUUCUUAUCCCAGACUAUUUAACCAGAAUCUCCAGAAUCAUGGCCCUGGAAACAAUACAUUUAAAAUGCUUCCCAAGAAUUCUUCUGCAGCCAAUUUGGACUAUGGAGUCAGCCGGCUCAGGGCUCACUUGUGUUGUUUACACGGAAGACCCCAUGCCCAGAGUAUAAACUGGGAGUACAGCGCUGUGCAAAGUGUGUAGGUUGGUGAGCUACUGGAUUAAUCUCUUAUCCCUGACGGUGGAUGCAGUAGUAUUCUAAGAUGCCUCAAGUGGGUUGGGAACUGCGGAAGGAUUCCUGGAGGAGCCUGAUUCUAAGGAAGCGUUUCUCAGGCCUUUGGUAGGAGUACAGAAACGAAGUUGAAUGAAAAAGACAGUGGAGUGGGACUGAGAAGUGACAACGGUCCACGACAGACCUCUCUUUUUCAAGGCCUCUGUCACCAGAUCGCGGCCCAGGAGAAGCCACAACGAGGCGCAGGCGCGACUUCACAAAGGCCACGCCCUACGUAGAGAAGGACCAACCCGUUUCCCGCCCGGAGGAAAGCUUGGGUUUCCGGAAGGACCUGAUUCUGGGAGGGACCAAACCGGAUAGAGGUCGCGCGCACUCUUCCGUCGGCCUUCCGGUUCACUAAUACGCGAUUUUUCAGAUGAGCGUGAACACGCUGUCCCUCUGCGCAGGCGUGGGCGGCGCGCCGCGGAAUGGCGGGGCUGCACGUCUCUCGAGUCCGGGCCUUAUAUAAGCGUGUCUUGCAGCUGCAUCGUGUUCUGCCCCCGGACCUCAAAGCCCUGGGCGACCAGUAUGUGAAGGACGAAUUUAGGAGACAUAAGGCCGUUGGUUCUGACGAGGCCCAGCGUUUCUUGCAGGAAUGGGAGGUGUAUGCAACAGUGUUAUCGCAACAAGCUAAUGAAAACAGGCAAAAUUCAACUGGAAAAGCAUGUUUUGGCAUCUUCCUCCCAGAAGAAAAACUUAAUGACUUCCGUGAUGAACAAAUUGGACAGUUGCAGGAGCUGAUGCAAGAAACCACGAAACCCAAUUGGCAAUUUAGUGUUUCUGAGUCGGCGGAACCAAAAUUGUAGUCUAUACAACAAAGCUUAACAAGACAUGCAAAAAUUUAGAACUCUUACUUUAAUUAUCAUUGGUUUUUGAAAUAUAUUAUUUAAGCUUUGAAAAUGCCUGUUACUAAUGAAAUAUCAUUUUUGAAUAUUAUGAAUGUAAUAUGUGGAUCAGGAUCACUAGUGACAAUUGAAAAAACUUCAUUGGAAUAAUAGUACUUGAUGUAUGAAAUUCGAUUUUACAACUAAACAGGAAAGAAUGGAUCAAAAUGGACAAGUUUCUAGAGUUUUGCUGAAAAAAUUUUAAAAUGCUAUUCUCAUCCAAGAAUAUUAGCCUUUUGGCUUUUCUUUAGCUUCAUCAAAGAAGUAUGUUGUGAUAAUGAUAGAUGUAGAAUUCCAGCAAGGUUAUUUUUUAAAUACAUUGUCAUUCUGAACAUUUCAUCACUUCUACUUUAAUAAUACAUACAUGAUUUUUGUUCUGAACAUCUCUUCUCCCUGCAUCACUGUUCAUUCACAAUAAAAGGUUAGGGAGAAACUUCAAAAUUCACUUACUAUCAAUCAUUUGUAUAAUAGACUAUACAAAAUAUA